AUGGCUGCUCCCACAGAAGCCCAGAUUGCUCAUCAAGAGCUGAUCGACAAGCUUGAUAUCCAUUCCAUCCACAAGAGCUUUCGCAACCCUCACUGGCGACCAAACCAGCGACGAAAUAAGAACAUCAAGACCAUAAUAGGUGAUGCCUCGCGCAAGGAAGCUUCUGUAAUUGUCACGCCGCAGGACAACAGCGGCACCGUCACUCCUGCACCGGGAGAUGGUGACGGCCUUUCUACCAGCGGUUCUUCGACGCCCGCUCAGCAGACGGCCGGUGGCAACAACUCGAACCUGCAACCGAACCUCGCUCAAGCCUCGCGUAGUUUAUCGAAACUUGUACUAGAAAAGAGCCUGCGACCUAAUGGCGCCGGAGGUGCACCCGUUUCGGCCGCGCCCAGCGCGACUUACACAAACAUCGAGUCAGCCCCUUCGCUCGCGCACACAAAGCGAUACUGCGAUAUCACCGGUCUUCCUGCCCCUUACCUCGACCCAAAGAGUCGGUUACGGUAUCACAGCAAGGAAGUGUUCGGCUUCAUUCGGACUCUACCUCAGAGCGCAGCGGAGCAAUAUCUAGAGGCAAGAGGCGCGCAUACAAUUCUAAAAUGA